AUGGCGUUAUCCUCUCGCUUAAAGCUGUGGGAACAGAAGAUAAAGGAGGAAAAAAAACCACCAGCUGCAGUCACACAGCCUCCUCCGCCGCUGUCCGCCGUGCCCGGGGGAUUCCUCAAACAGCUCGUGCGAGAGACAGAGAGAGAAACGCGGCAGAAGGAGCCAGAGCCCAAAGAGGAGAAGGCGCCCAACAAGUUAAGUGACAACCUGGUCCAGCAGUUCCUCCUUCCCGACGAGACGCCGCCCAUCCUGGAGGCAGAAAUGGCCCUGCGUACGGAGCAGCUGGUGAAUGGAGAGCGAGGCAGAGUCACAGCACUGACAGAGAAGAAAACUUCACCCAAGAGGAUAACAUCUCCCCAUCCCACCAGCAGCUCCAAAUCAAGCACCCCAGACACCAGCAGCUCCAAACCAACCACCCCAGACAUCAGCAGCCAGAGACAGCAUCAGAACUCGGGCAGUGAGAAUGGGUUUGACAAAGGGAAGGAGCCAGAGUCAGCAGAGGAGAGAGGGAGGAAACGAGAGGAGAUUAAGAUGUUAGAAGAGGAGGUGAAGCAGGUGAAGGAGGUGAGGCAGGAACCAGAGGGUGAGCUCGCUGAGACCACUGUUAAAGAGGAGCCCAGAAAACCAGAGAGGGAUGUGUGGUUUGAAGCUGGCCCGGUUUGGUAUAUCCAUAAAGAUGGAUUCACUCUUGCCACUCAGCUGAAGCCAGAUGAAGGCACGCCCGACCUCCCUGACAGCCAAGUGCGAGUUCGACUGGAGACUGAUGGAUCUGUCCAUGACGUUUCCCAGUAUGACGUGGAAAAGGUGAAUCCAGCUGAGCUGGACCUCUGUGAGGAUAUCUGUGAGCUGAUCAGCGUAAAUGAGUCCAGUGUCCUCCACACACUGUUGAGCCGGGCCAAGGCCCAUCUGCCCCUCACACGUGCUGGACCCAACCUGUUUGCACUCUGGCCUCCUCUUCCUCUGCCAGGCAAGAGUCACCGGACUCGACGGUGGGAGGGUACUUUGGAGGCGUCUCCUCAGGUGCAGGCUCUGGUGAGACAGGUGUAUGUCUCCAUGGUAACAGAGCGGCGAGACCAGUGCUUACUGGCGCUGGGCCGUAGCGGUACAGGAAAGACCACGUCAUGCCAGUCGUUUGCUCAGGAGCUGCUGAAACAGGCAGGCACUGCCGGAGACAGUCUGACCUUGGAGCGACUUCAGGCAGUGUUCACUGUCCUGCGUUCCUUUGGCUGUGUGAGCUCGCCUCACAGUGAAGCCUCAUCCCGGUUUGCUAUGGUGCUCUCUCUGGACUUCAAUCACGCAGGAGUGGCCGCAGCAGGGCAUCUGCAGACAGUGAUGCUGGAGAAAUGGAGAGUUUGCCACAGACUGGAGGGAGAGAGUAACUUUCUGAUCUUCUCUCAGAUGCUGGCAGGUCUGAGUGCAGAGCUGAGAACAGAGCUCCAGCUCCACCAGCUGAGUGAGGCCAAUGCAUUUGGGAUUGUGUGCCCUACCAAGGUGGAGGAGAGGCAGCGAGCAUCUGUAGCUUUUGGAAAACUCUUGGCUGCUAUGAACACUCUGGGCUUCUCGGCGGACGAGCAGCGAGCCAUUUGGCGUGUUCUGGCCGGGAUCUUCCACCUGGGCGCUGCUGGGGCCUGCACAGUGGGGCGCAGGCAGUUUCUGAGUGUUGACAGUGCACAGGUGGCCAGUGCUGUUCUGGGCUGCGAAGGGGAUGAGCUCCACACCGCUGUGUUCAAACACCACCUGAGACAGUUACUGCAGAGAGCCACUGGGGGCAGCAGAGAGACGCGCUUCGUGGAUUCAGAGGAAGGUCCUAGACUCAGUGCUGCUCAGUGUGUGGACGGCAUGGCCUUUGGUCUCUAUGAAGAGCUCUUCACUGCCAUCGUAUCCCUCAUCAAUAGAGCUCUUGGCUCACAGCAGCUGAUCCUGGCAUCGGUGAUGGUGGUGGACGCUCCAGGCCUCCGAAAUCCCCGGCACAGUGGUCAGGACAGAGCAGCUGGCUUCUCUGAGCUCUGUCACAACUACCUACAGGAGAGACUUCUGGAAUACUACUUCACACACACAUUCACACACACACUGGACCGCUAUGCACGGGAGCAGGUCCCAGUCGAUUUUGUGCCUCCAGAAAGCAGUCCCGCGGAGGUGGUGUGUGCUAUUGACCAGCCUGGGCUUCAGGUGAGGGGGCCAGAGGGUGACUGCUGCGGGCUGCUCUGGGUUUUGGAUGAGGAGAUGGUCACGCCAGGUUCCACAGAGAGCACAGUUCUGGAGAGAGUGUGUCAGUUCUUCAGUGAUUCAGUUCGGCAGUGUGAGCAGGCCUUGCAGUGCGAGAUCGCUCACCUAAUGGGUCGGGAUCCGGUCCGGUAUGACCUGUCUGGCUGGUUUGGCCUGGUCCAGAAUAAUCCAUCUGCCCACAAUGCAGUCUCACUGCUGCAGAACUCCACAGUUGGGGUCGUGAAGUCUCUCUUUGGGCCACGAGCGUCACUGCCUCCUCUGUGUCGUGGUCUUGGGGGAGUGGAGGGUGGGUCCCAGCGCUCUCUGGAGAGGAGUGGUACAGUGAGGAAGACCUUCAGUGCUGGGCUGGCAGCUGUCAGGAGACACUCCCACUGUGUCUCAAUUAAACUCCAAGCAGAUGCUCUGGUCAAUAUCCUGCGCCGUGCUCAUCCUGUCUUCCUGCAGUGUGUGAACGGUAAGACAGACGGCGCUGCCUUCAGUGCCUUUGAUGUCCCAGCACUAAGGAUCCAGCUGCACUCAACACACCUGCUGUCAGCGCUGCAGCUCUACCGAACAGGCUACCCUGAUCACAUGUCCCUGAGUGAUUUCCGCUGCCGUUUCCAGGCACUGUCACCUCCUGUGAUGAAGAGAUAUGGAUCAGUCUUCAUCACACCAGAUGAGAGGAAGGCAGUGGAGGAGUUACUGACUGACCUGGACCUGGAGAAGAAAAGCAUCGUUCUGGGCACAAGCAGGGUCUUUUUGAGGAGAGGGGUACUGAGGUCCUUGGAGCAGCAGAGGGAUCAGCUGGUGCACGGCUGGCUCUUCCAGCUCCAGGCAGCCUGCCUGGGACAUCUGGCCCGUCAGAGAUACCGGCGUCUGAAGGUGCAGCAGAUGGCAGUGCGCUGUGUCCAGAGGAACCUGCGAACACUCACUGCAGUGGCCAGUUGGGGCUGGUGGAAGCUGCUCUGCAGAGUGCGCCCCCUGCUGGAUGUGAACAGAGAUGAUCAAAGGCUCCGAGCAAAAGAGGAUGAACUUACUGCUCUGAGGAGACGGCUGGAGAAGUCUGAGAAAGACAGGAAUGAGCUGCGACAGACUGUGGAUAACCUGGAGACUAAGGUGACGGCUGUGACCUCUGAGCUGAGUGAUGAACGUUUUAGAGGAGAUGCUGUGAGUCAGGCUCUGGACAUCGAGAGAGCUGAGAGACUGCGACUGUACAAAGAGAACAAGGAACUACAGACACGCUUAGAGCAGAGUAAAGAGGCCAUAGACAACCUGGAGAAAGAGCUGGAGGAGGAGAAGCAGAAAGUCAAGAGCAAAGAGACACAAGGAGGAACAGCAACAGAGAGUGAGCUGCAGUUGCAGCUAGAGUGUGCGCAGACAGAGGUUGAGUUUCUGCGCAGACGGCUGCGACAAACAGAGGAAAGAUUGGAGGCUGAGAGGGUGGCCAGAGAGCAGCUGGACACCAAGGUUCUGGAGCUGCAGGCUCAACUAGAGCAGUCUAAGCGGUCAGUGACCGAACUGAAACGCCAUUGCCGGCGUGUGACCUCUGACCUACAGGACGCCCGUGUGCAGACAGAUAGCCUGCAGAGUCGUGUUCAUGAGCUGGAGCGCAAACAGAGACGGUUUGACACUGAGCUGACCCAGGCUUUGGAGGAGGUGGAUAAUGAGAGAGAACAGAAGGACAAAGCCAUCCAGGAGAGCAUCGCUCUGGGAGCAGAGGUCUUCACACUGCGACAGACCCUGAAGGAGAGCCAGGAGGAGGUGUCUCACCUGCAGCAGCAGAAGGAGGAGCUGUGUGCAGAGAUUCGAGAUCUGAGCGCUCCUCUGAACCUCAGCACUGACUCCGUCCCUCAGCUGAAAAAACAGCUCCGUGAGUUGGAGAGCAGAGACACGGCGCAUGCUGAGGAGAUCAGACAGAUGGCAGCCAAGAUCCAGCAGCAUGAGCAGAUGCAUCUACGCUUUGAGAUGGAGAUGGAGAGAAUGAAACAGAUUCAUCAAAAGGAGCUGGAGGACAAGGAGGAGGAGCUGGAGGAUGUGCAGAAGUCCUCACAGAGACGACUGAGACAGCUGGAGAUGCAGUUGGAACAGGAAUAUGAGGAAAAGCAGAUGGUAAUCCAUGAGAAGCAUGACUUGGAAGGACUGAUUGCGACACUCUGUGAGCAGGUGGGCCACAGAGACUUUGAUGUGGAGAAGAGACUACGUCGGGACCUGAAACGAACACAUGCUCUACUCAGCGACGCUCAGCUUCUCCUCUCCACCGUGGACUCACCGGGUCACAGCCAAGCUGCUGCCAUGCAGGAGCAACUAGACAGACUUCACUGCCAGCUGGAGGAGAGCGAGUCUCGGUGUCUUCAGGCUGAGGCUGUGCAGAAGACUCUAGCUGCUGAGCUGGAGAACGCUCAGAUUGAACUGGAGAACAUCUGCAGACAUAAGAGCUUGGUGGAUGAGCAGUUGGCCCAGUUACAGUAUGAGAAGACAGACCUGCUGAAGAGACUGGAGGAGGAUCAGGAGGAUCUGACUGAGCUUAUGAAGAAACACAAAGCCCUCAUUGCCCAAUCUUCCAGUGACAUAACUCAGAUCCGGGAGCUCCAGACUGAACUGGAGGAGGUGAAGAAGGAGCGGCAGAGGCUGCAGGAGGAGCUGCAGCAGAACACAGCACGCCUGCACUUCCUGGAGUCCUCCACCGUGUCCCGUAGCAUUGUGAGCAAACAGGAAGCCCGUGUGUGUGAUCUAGAGAACAAGCUGGAGUUCCAGAGGGGACAGGUCAAGAGGUUUGAGGUCUUGGUCCUGCGUCUGCGGGACAGUGUGGUUAGGCUGGGUGAGGAGUUAGAGCAGGCUGCUCAAGCUGAGGCCCGGGAGAGGGAGAAUUCUCACUACUACCAGCAGAGACUGGCUGACAUGAAGCUGGAGAUGGAAGAUUUAAGCCUGAGGGAGCAGGAGAGCAGCCGCAGACGCAUGGAGCUGGAGAUGCAGGUGGAGGAGCUUACUGCAGUCAGGCAGACAUUACAAGCCGACCUGGAGACAUCAAUCCGGCGAAUCGUUGAUCUUCAGGCUGCCCUGGAGGAGGUGGAGUCCAGCGAUGAGAGUGACAGUGAGAGUGUUCAGACAGCUGUGGAGUCCUUUAGAAAAAGAGACGUUGACAGCGUGUCCAGUGUGGGCUCUCUAGGCACAGAGGAUGUUGGUGAGGGAAUCCGUAACUGGCUGGGCGUCCCAAGGGGGGGUCGUGGUAGCUCUUCCUAUGUUGGGAGCACCACAGGAAGUCUGGUUGGCCGCCAGUCUGUGACAGACACCAUGAGCACCUAUAGCUUCAGGUCCUGUUCUCAAGAGCUGGAGGAGGAUGUGGCCGAGCGUUCGGGGGCUCUGGGGAGGACGUCCUCGUCCUCUGCGCUGUCUGAGCUGCUGGAGGGCCUGCGGAGGAAGCGGGCGGGCUGGGAGCGAGGUGGAGAGACGGGCGAGGGCAGCGCCGUGUCUCUGCCCAUCUACCAGACCACUGGGGCCUCCACCCUACGACGCAGAGCCUCCGCCCUUUCUCUGGGAGUCGAGGAGGGUCCGGAAGAGCCCAGGCCGGGUAUCCUAAAACCCCCGAGCCCCAGACUGCCCCGCGCCUCCAGUCUCCGAUCCCUGUCCGAGGCGGGUCCGGGUUCCUCAACAACUGCCGCAGCUAGCGCUGGAAAGAUGACCCGUUUCAGCUCCUGUGACUCCCUCACCUCCGUAUCCUCCUCCGCCAGCCCACGCCACCACAUUUCCAACCCCUCCAUCCCAGAGGAGAGCGAGGAGGAGCACAGCACAAAGACCACAGCCAUCGCCUGCCAGCCAAUACGCCGCCGGCUCCUCGGGGGUCUGGUUGCAGAGGGAGGAGAGUCACAGUUGGGAGGAGAACCUCUUGUAUUUCAGAACCGUCGUCUCCUUGGAAACCAAGAAGUGGACCAGGGGAGGGGGGAAACAGGGGACGUCAAUUCAGAUAUUCUUCCAGCCAUUCGCCGAGCACAAUCUACCAGUAGCCUGUCAGGCAACGGCUCUCUCAGAGGGGGCACCCGGCGGGCACUUAGCGUGCACUUUGGCGAGCUGCCACCUUCCAGAGCAUCACGCAGAGAGUCUGACACAGACUCAUCAAGCUCGGGGGGAUCUCAGCGCCGUGGGCCUCAGGGAGAGAGGCUGGAGGCAGAGGGCAGCGAGGGAGAUGUCAACUCUGUAAUGAAAAAGUACCUGAGGAAAGCAGAGGUUGACUGA